AUGGCCGAACAACCGUCGAGUAUUGAGGAGAACAUAACCUGUUGCCACGACAUUCUGGCCCAUCACGAUCAAGAUGAAGGCGAUCCCCGGUUCAUUACAUACAAACGCCACUUCCACAUUGAUGGUCCUAACGGCCGUCAUCUCUGCUUGGUUCUUCCCUUCUGUGGUCCAAAUCUGCACUCCUUGUCGAAUUAUAUGAACAGCAGGAUGAAGCCGCAAUUUGUUCAAGCACUCGCCUAUCAAGCAACAGAGAUUAUUAGGGACUUGCAUGCCCGCGGCAUCUGCCAUGGAAAUAUCAGACCAGGAAACCUGCUUCUGCGAAUUCGCAAUCUGGACCAUCUCGGCGACCAAGGAAUUUAUCGCCUGUUUGGGCAACCCAAAAUCGAAGAAUAUAAGACUGAGUCUGGUAAGAUCCUAGGACCGGAAGCUCCUCGUUACAAUGUCGGCUUUCUCGAUUUUAUGUCAAGUGGCGAGGAUAAUCUUCUGAACGAAUUAAGCCUUAUUGGGUUUGAUCACGCAUUCCAAAUCUCGUCAUCGAAGACAAUAGAACCCCUGACUGAAUUCCUGGUGCCUGAGGUAGCUGUAAGGAAGCCAGCUAGUCCAGCAAGCGACGUUUGGGCAUUGGGUGUCACGAUUCUGAACAUGCGUUCAGGCAUUUCACUGUUCCCUUGGCAUGUCGAUUGCCCAGAAUACUUUAUUACAGAGUGUGUGAAGUACUUCGGAGAAAUACCAACAUCUUGGGAAGAGCCCUUUUAUGAUGAACAGGGGCGGCCGACUUCAGAUAAAACUGCAGGCCGUACAAGGGACGUAUGUGACAAGACUCACUCGCUGAAGCAAUGGAUCAGAGACAUUUGGGACGAGCCAACCCGAUCGAAUGAGAAUGAGUCAACGCCAGCAAAGCCCUUUUUUGUCCGAGAUGAAGAUAGAUCGCAUCCCAGAAGCCACGACUGGCUGAGCGACGAUAUUUCCUCCAUCAUCAAUUAUGAUCCUAAGACAUAG